AUGUCGACGCCCCACUACCCACAAUCGAACGGUCACGCAGAGGCUGCUGUGAAGUCUGUCAAGCACCUCAUCCAGAAGGUGGCCCCUACUGGAAACCUGGAUUGUGAGGCGUUCGACAAGGGCCUCCUCGAGCUUCGCAACACCCCAAACCACACCGGUCGCUCCCCAUCCCAGAUACUCUACGGUCACCCUCUUCGCUCUUGUGUCCCGGCUCACGCCAAGGCUUUCCAAAAGCAGUGGCAGGCCAGAGCAGAGAGCUGUGAUCGUCGGGCUGCUGUUCGCCUACAUGAUGAUACGGCUCGGUACAACGCACACGCCUGGCCUCUCCCACCGCUUGAGCUCAAUGCCGUAGUCCGUUUCCAAGACCCAACGAGGAAGCGCUGGGAUAAGGUCGGCACCGUCAUGGGCAUUGGCAAGUCCCUUGACUACCUCGUCAAGAUGCCGAGCGGUCGUACCUAGUGGAGGAACCACCGCUUCCUUCGCCAGUCCAUGUUCCCGCCCGAGGACCGGCUGCCCACGGAGGCCAAUCCACCUGAAGCAGAGUCGCCCCAAUCCGCUCUGACCCGUCGCUCAGCAGGCAUCAAGGACAGGAGACACGCUCAAGACACUGUGUGCUGUGAGCGUGCAAAGGGGAGGGAGAUGUAGGAUAGUAUUUUAUGUGUUCUUUGUAAGAGGUAGCGAUGCGAAUUCAGUUAUUCAAUAAAGCCGAGUUGGCACCUCAG